CAUAACCCUAGAAAUUCUUCACACACUACGAAAUAUAAAACGUUAGGGUAGUGCCUAUUUUUUAGAUAGUAUUCGUGUUUAGUAGUCUUUAUACUUUAUGUAUACAUAUGAUAACGAACUAUUCAUUUUUGUAUAUGUGUGUAUACAUUAAAAAUAUUUAAUUCAAAUAACAAGAUCGAAAUGGCCGAUGAAAUUGAAGAAAAAUCGUUCAAGUUUCAUGAAAUGGAGCUGGACGACCGCAUUUUAAAAGCUAUUGCAAAACUGGGGUGGCAGACUCCCACACUUAUUCAAGAAAAAGCCAUCCCCCUAAUUCUAGAAGGAAAAGAUGUGUUAGUCAGGGCCAGAACAGGUUCUGGAAAAACCGCAGCAUUUGCAGUUCCCGUCAUACAAAAAAUUUUAAACCUAAAGCAAAUUGCUAUCCAGCAAGAAAUUAAGGCUUUAAUACUGACGCCAAGCAAAGAACUUUGCAAUCAAAUAUGCGGUGUUGUGAAAGAUCUUACCGUUAAGUGUUCAAGAGAGGUUAGAUGUGUUGAUGUGUCACCGCAAGUAGAUUUAAAUGUACAGAAACCUCUCCUAGUUGAAAAGCCAGAUAUAGUUGUAGGAACUCCAUCUAGAAUUUUACAACACUUAAAAGCUGGGAAUCUAAGUUUAAGAAAGUCUCUCGAAAUUUUAGUAAUUGAUGAAGCUGACUUAGUUUUUUCUUUUGGAUAUGAAGCUGAAGUAAAAGAAUUGCUAGGGUAUUUACCUACAAUAUAUCAGGCAAUUUUAGCUUCAGCCACAUUAAGUAAUGAUGUAAAAAGCUUGAAAAGUCUUAUAUUGCAUAAUCCUGUUGUAUUAAAAUUGGAAGAACCUGAUCUGGCACCCGCUAGCCAAUUGACACAUUAUCAUUUAUAUGCAGAAGAAAUGGAUAAAGCAACAAUAUUAUAUGCCCUUUUGAAACUUUGUUUAAUUAGAGGAAAAACAAUUAUCUUUGUUAAUACUGUAGAUAAGUGCUACAAGAUUAAGCUGUAUCUCGAACAGUUUGGCAUUCCAACCUGUAUUUUAAAUUCUGAGCUCCCUUCUACUAUAAGAUGUCAUUCUGUCAAUCAGUUCAAUCAAGGCAUAUACGAUAUAAUCGUAGCAUCUGACGAACGAGCUUUGGAACAGCCUGACACCGAGAAAGGGCAAGGAGACGGCAAGAAAUCGAAAAGAAGAAGGGAUAAAGAAAGCGGUGUUUCUAGAGGCAUAGACUUUCAAUUCGUUGCUAACGUUAUUAAUUUUGAUUUUCCAUUAGACACGCAAGCUUAUAUUCACAGAGCUGGUAGGGUUGCAAGAGGAAAUAAUCAGGGCAGUGUUUUAUCCUUCGUUUCCAUAAAAGAGAAGCCCUUACUGCAAAAAGUCGAGGAGGCUCUAAAGCAAGACCGCGAAGAUAUAUCUAUUUUUAAAUCAUAUCAGUUCAAGCUCGAGGAGGUGGAUGCUUUUAAAUAUAGAGCAAAAGAUGCCUGGAGAGCAGUUACUAGAAUUGCUGUGAGGGAGGCAAGGCUCAAAGAAAUAAAGCAGGAGAUAUUCAAUUGCCAAAAGCUGAAGAGUUAUUUCGAGGACAAUCCUACAGACUUGCAAGUAUUGCGGCACGAUAAAGCACUGCACACAGUAAGGCUGCAACCGCACCUAGCCGAUGUUCCCGAAUACAUUGUACCGCCCACUUUGAAAAAUUUAAGUGGCAUCGCGAGGAGGGGCAAAAGAAAACGUGAUCACAGUAAAACUUUUGAGAGUUCUACAGCAAAAUUCCGGGCAAAAAAAAGUAAUCCUUUAUUAAGUAUGCAGUUUGAAGGUUUCAGUAAGAAAAAAAAGAAGUAGUAAAAUGUAUUUAUUGUAAAAAAAAUAUAAAUUUUUAAGUAAAAAU